AUGAAGGAAUACUUGUCUACAAGUUUUAGAUCUUCUGGUUCUCACAUGCCCAUGUUCUCCGACAAUGAAGACAUAUUUGCAACAACAGGAAAUACAUCGGUUAUCAAUGAAUAUGAACAGACCUCAUUCCAACUGGAAGACUAUUUCAAUGAUCCCCUGUUCAUUAAGCAAGAUUGCAAUGAUAUUGUAAGCACAAGUGGGGGGAACAGUUUGCAUCAAAGAAAUUCAGGUGGAUUUGCUAAUGUCAGUCUUGACUUUACCCAACAACAAUUGCCUAAUUCCCAGCAAAGAGCACAAUAUCAACAGCAGCAUCAACGAAGUCAUCUGUACUCGCAAAACCGCCGGGCUAGAGGUAAUUCAAGAGCGCCUCCACCUUUGAGGCCACCGCCUUCAAACCCACCUCCAUUAGCACCUCAAAUGUCUGGUCAUCCACCAAAUCAACCACCUCCACCACCACCUCAGUCGCAUGCUGUGGCACCUUCUCUACAUCCACAUGGCUCCAACCAUCGUCAAGCAAUGAUUUUCAAGGAACCAAUACAUUUUGACGUGCCAGAAUACAUGGCAGAAGUUAACAGUGAAUAUUCUGGAAUGAAUGAAAGUAAUGCUGCUGAUACUUCCCACAGUCUUCACCAUCAGCAACUGUUUGACGAUUUUGAUAGACAGUUUGAUGAACUAGAUCAGCAGAAUCAAAGUGGUUCGUUGAUGUCUCCUAUUGGAGGUAAUGAGCAGCAGUAUAUUACACCCAGACACUCUUAUGAUUUGUCUUUAUCGUCGGCAUGCUCCGUAGGUGUGUUCCCUCCGCAACCCCAAUUUGCACCUUCUUCUGGUCACAACUCAAUGCUUCAAGAAUCACCAAUCUUGCAAUCACCCAUGAAUUUCCCAUCUCAGAACUGGCUGGCUCAUUCACUGGCAAAUUACCAUCAUCAGAGAAACAGCAGUUUAUUCAGUCAUCAUAGGCAUAGCAGUCUGUUGAGUAAUGGAAAUUACUCCCAUAGUUCAAUUAUGUCGCAACCAGUGGGUCCUCCUUCUCUGCAACAUAAGCAACAUCAACAUCAGCCUCAGCAUCAAGUCCCAACUGCAAAGAAGGAAAAGAGAAACUCACAGAACAACCAAAACCAAAACCAAAACCAAAAUCAGUAUCACUUUAUUAAUUAUGAAGCAGCAACAAUUGGGCUUGGACUUGGUCUCCAACUGCUGUCUAAUUCAUCUUCCAAGCAUCUAUCAAGCUCAAAAGCUCAAACACCCUCCAGAGGUCAACCGGCUGUUAAAGGACCAUUUAUUGUAAACACUCCUACUUCAUUACAAAAGCAGCAAGAGCUCCAAGAGAAAGUUGAAAAUCCAAGGCAUAGUGGUGUCCCUCAAGUUGCGGAACAGAGUACACCUUUGGAAAGUCGUAACCCUGUUAUCAACAAGGCCAUUGAUAAAGUUGAAAGCAAGACCAGCUCUCUUGAUACGCAAGCGUUUGAGGAUAUGUUGAGUUCUUUGAUCCGGGUUCCUCUUAUUAAACGGGAGCAUUCUCCUAUGGAAGAGGAGAUCACUGCUGAUGACUUCUUUAAGGCAUUGGAACUAGAUGAUCAAGAUUUCUUUGCAAUAGAGACGUCUAGUUCGUCUAAUCUAACUUCCAACUCGUCAACCUUGACAUUGGCACAACAACAACAGCAAAGUUCCCAAACCCCUCCUCUACUGUCUAUUCAUCAAUUACAUCAACAAAACCAAACGGCCACCCAACUCCAGUUUAUACCUCUUCCACCUUCAAUGCCUUCGCUGUCACUGCAACCAUCAACCACGCCAACUCAUCACAAAUCACAGUACACGUUUAUGACUAAAUUGCAACUGGAUGGGUUCACACCACCUGGAUCAAACAAAAUGUUGAGGACCAAAAAGUCUAUGCCCAUAUUAUCAAGCUCCACGUCAGUUAGUGGUUCCAUUAACAAGAAGUCACUUAAGAAGUCACAAUCAUAUUCCAAGCUUUUAAAUAAGAGACAUAGCUCUACAUCUGUGUCGCCUUCUACAUCGGCAGGACCCAUAUCAGAGUUAAGUGCACCUCCUGGUACUGCUGGAAGUAUGAACCAACAACAUUUGACUAAUAAGGGAAGCUUUUCUCUUAAUGAAUGUUCGUCAUCGUUUUCCGUUAGAUCUUCUAAUAUCAUUUUGGAGAACUAUCAUGGAAAUUCCCAUACAAGUGAUAACGACUCUCUCGCAUCAACUUUGGCCCAACCCCCACUGCAUCAUAACAGAAAAUCAUCACUAUCUUCAGUUGGUUCAUCAGGAACAGAGUAUCCGUUUGUUAUGACAGGACCUCCUCUUCCCAAGGAGUCCACCCACAAACCUUCGCCAAUCAACACUCCACCCAAACAUCUCAAGAACAUGGAGUCUGGCAUCUUUUCCUUCCAAGUGCAGCUCAAUAAAUGA